AUGGGCUUCAUACAGAAGCUCACCAAACCAUUUAUCGACCUGUCUGUCAUGACAUGGGAUCUUGGCCUCUUCCUAGCGAACCUCAUUCUUCCCGCUCAUCCUCACAACAAGGUUAUCGCUGAAGGCGUCCCAGGCCAUGCAGGAAGAUGGCCAGAGUACAUACCACCGCACGAAGGCGAUUCUCGAUCAGCAUGUCCAAUGCUCAAUGCAAUGGCUAAUCAUGGCAUCCUCCCACACGAUGGUAAAAAUAUUACAUUUCGCGAUCUAAACACCACCGUCCGACAGACGUUCAACUUUGCGCCCUCAUUUUGCUUCUUCGUACCCAAAUUCUCGGCCGACUUCCUGGGCCGCUCCUAUUGGAAUGACAAGUUCGAUCUCGCAGAGCUGAGCAAGCACAACGCUAUCGAACAUGACGCAAGCCUGACCCGACGAGAUGUUGCUCAAAUCCCUGAUCAGGGCAAGCCAGAUUUGCUGCUUGUAGAAGAGCUGCUCGGUACCGCAACGGGGAGGGGGAAGCGUGGUGAGCUAAUUUUGACUAAGGAGGAUCUGAGUAAACAGCUGGCGAAGCGAAGAAGCGAGGCAAGGGCUCAGAACCCGCAUUACUCAGAGAGCCUCUUCCACAACAUGUUCGGGAGCGCGAACUCGUCUACAAUGCUCACGAUCUUUGGUGGUCGUAUUGACGACUUGAGGCCUAUGCUCACCGAAGAGCGGUUCGCAGACAGUUGGGAGCCGCGCAUCCGAUCGCCGUAUGGCCUCACGAUGGCUGCUUUCAACGCGACAGUGUUGCCUGUUGAGCUGGGCGUGAAGAAGAAGCUAAAGGAGCAGUAA